AUUCUUUUCAGCUUAAUGGCUUCGGAGGAGCAGCAUUGGCCUGUGCCAAUGAAGGCCAUUGGAGCGCAGAACCUCCUGACGAUGCCUGGGGGAGUGGUCAAGUCCGGGUAUCUUCACAAAAAAGGUGGCACCCAGCUGCAGUUGCUAAAAUGGCCACUACGGUUUGUGAUUAUCCAUAAGAGAUGUAUUUAUUACUUUAAGAGUAGCACCUCAGCAUCUCCCCAGGGGGCCUUCUCCCUGAGUGGCUACAAUCGGGUAAUGCGAGCAGCCGAAGAAACAACAUCAAACAAUGUUUUUCCCUUCAAGAUUGUUCAUAUUAGCAAGAAGCACCGAACCUGGUUCUUUUCAGCCUCUUCUGAAGAUGAAAGAAAGAGUUGGAUGGCUCUGCUAAGGAAAGAAAUAGGCCAUUACCAUGAGAAGAAAGAACCCUCAUUAGAUUUCAGUGACUCAAGUUCUGACACAGAUAGCUUCUAUGGUUCUGUGGAACGUCCCAUCGAUAUCAGUUUAUCCCCGUAUCCCACCGACAAUGAAGACUAUGAACACGAUGAUGACGAUGACUCCUACAUGGAGCCAGAUACCCCAGACUCAGUGAAAGUUGAAGAUAUCAUGAUUCACCCACCAGCUUAUCCCCCACCUCCUAUCCCCACUCCGAGAAAACCAGCCUACUCAGAAACUCAGCGGUCACAUUCCUUUUCCACCAAGUGCCCCGGACCCCUCCAUCCUCCCCCACCUCCAAAAAGAGGCUUACCAGAAAUCAAUCCUGAUGAUCUGAAAAGAGAAAUUGCCUCUUCUCGGAGGCCAGAACCUAAUUUGAAAGUGCCCUCUCCCAGUAGGAGACAAAGUGAUCCACCCCUGGGAAAUGUACCUGUUGUGCCGAACUUCAGGAAACCAAAUUCUCCUGAGGUCAUGUCUCUCGGUCACCUUCUGAAUACCUCCAAAAGCUGUGACAAGUUAAAAUCCAUCCACCUGUCUCCUCGAGGACCACUUCAAGGAUCACCUCUGGCUGAGCCUCCUCCAAUUCCAGCCAGUAAACCCAAACUCAUAAAGAUAGGAGAGUUACAGCCUGCAAGAGAAACUAUCAAACCCGGACUCUUUGUGCCCCCUGUGACACCCAAACCACCAGCCCUGGUGCCUAAACUCCCCAUGCCUGAACUGAAGCCCAGAAUCGAAAAACCUCUACUUCCCCAAUUACAGAGAUCCCCACCAGAUGGACAAAGUUUCAGAAGUUUUUCCUUUGAGAAACCUUCACUCUCAACUAAGGUUGAUAGCAGCUGUGAGGAUUCAGAUGAAGACUAUGAAAAGGUACCACUGCCUAACUCCAUCUUUGUCAACACCACCGAAUCCUUUGAAGUGGAAAACUUGUUUAAAGCCACUGAUCCUAGAGGACAGCCACAAGAUGGACUCUACUGUAUCAGGAAUUCUUCGAAGACAGGAAAGGUUUUAGUUGUGUGGGAUGAAGGAUUUAACAAAGUGAGAAACUACCGGAUCUUUGAAAAGGACUCCCGAUUUUACCUUGAGGGAGAGCUCUUAUUUGUGAGCAUCGGAAGCCUGGUUGAGCACUACUACACGCAUGUCCUGCCUGGGCACAAGAGCCUUCUUCUUCAGCAUCCCUAUGGCUACUCGGGGCCAAGGUGACACCUGACUGACUUAGUGAUUUGGUGCACUUAGUGAUUUGAACCUAGACACAGAAGAAGGAAAGAAAGACUUGGAUGGUUGGUCUUGACUUCCAGUGAUAGCUGCCUACCCAGCCUGGAUCCUUGAUUUCAUCUCUCCUGCAUGUUAUUCUGAACUCAUGUUAUUCUUCUGUUGUGUAUUCUCUCCCAGAGACAGGUGGAUUCGGUUCACUCUCCGCCUCUCUUACAAUGACUUCCUCCUCCUUCUAAUCCCCAAAGUGAAUUCAUCCAUCAUAAAUAAGCACAUCUUCAACUCCAUUUACCAAGUCAUUCUUAAAGGACUUCUUCCCUGAUGGCCAAAACUGGAGAAAGCAAUGAAUGACAAUAUUGGAAAAGGUCACUACAGAAGUGGACAGAGAUACUUUUGUGGAUCAGGGCACAGAUUACUGUGUCUCUCAGACUUACUGAGUCAGCUUGAGAAGUCUUAGUAGAUUUACAGAGCUAAUGACUAAAGGCAGAUAAGUGGUGCAGUGG